AUGGCGCAUUGGUUUCAUCGCAAUCCCAUGAAACCAACAGAACCUGUGAAAUUUGAUCUGAAAAGAAUGCUCACUUCUGAUUCUUCUACUAAGAUUUGUAGCGAGCUUCGGUUACGUCGAGAGAAGCUUCUCGAGUUAUUUAGAAACGCUGGCAAUGAUUUAAAGGAGGUAGAUGAGAAAUUUAAUGAAUAUCUCCGUCUUUUUGCUGGAUUUCUUGUUGACAUUGGCGUACUUGCGGUUGGUAAGUUCCUUUGUUUUUGUAAUUUCACAAAUCAUCAGUUCCUAAUGAAGAUUUGCUCUCUAGGAGGUGAUCCUGCAAGAGCAAAUAGCAAGCUGGUUCCAGUUGUUCGUUAUCAUUGGGGACAUUCCAUGUUGGGAACAGCAUCAACGGAGCAGUCGGAUGCAUGGUUUGAAGCAUUAAAUUUGAUUGAAUGCAUGGCAAUAUGGUUGACAAAACAUGCUGCCUGGGUCGCAGGCAAGGAUGAUGUGCGAGAGGUUGAAGCAAAAGAAUGCCUUUCUUGUCUUCGUCGUGCUGCUGGAAUGUUCGCAUAUGUUGGUGCAAAUUUAAAUCGGCUCACCGGUGCUUCCGACUUAGAAGGUGCUGAUUUUGAUUCAAAAGUUGUACGGGCAUAUGAAAUGCAGGCUAUUGCUGAAUCACAAGAAGUUGUCAUUGCUCGAGCGAUUGAAAUGAAGCACAAUCCGGCACUAAUCUCAUCUCUUGCCGCACAUACUGCCAGUCUGUUUGGGAAAGCGGGUGAUCAAUUGGCAUCUUUUAAGGAUGAUAUAUUCGGCAGGUGGAAGCGCUAUCUUCAGCUGAAGCAGCACUUUUAUCUUGCCUACGGUUACGCAUUCCUCGGGGAAGCGUUGCUAGCUGAAGACAAAUGUGGAGAAGCUGUCAGAGCUUGCAAGGAAGGAAUCGCAGAGUUUGAAAUAACCAAAGACUUUGCUUCCAAAUAUGGUUCUGCCACUGGUCCAGGCACGCGAAUCAAACCUGAAGAGCAUCUGUUUUUUCGGAAAAUCAAACCCUUGCUGUUGCGGCAUCUCGAAAAAGCUGAACGGGAGAACGGCUUUAUUUAUCACCAAGCGGUAGGUUUUUUUUUGGUCUUUUACUUAUUUUUCUCAUUUGUUCCCUUAGCAUCUCGCAUGAGCUUAUCAUAUCGU